AUGGGAGACGAUGGGCAGCACCGCAAGGAGCCCUCUGGAAAUCCAGGGACUCUGCUCUCUCCUUUGAAGGUGGACUUGCACUUCAUUCAUUAUAGUCAUCAUCCCAAAGAGGCACCUGAAUGCUCAGCUGACCUUCCAGUCCCUCUGGUCAUCACCUGGACACCACAGAGUACUUUGAAUCAGCUCCACAACCAGUUCCUCCUGGUUUUAUACUCCCUGACAGAGUUCUGGGAUGUUUUAGAAGAGAUUGACAGCAAGGCCUGGAUUCUGGAGCCAGAAAACCCCCGUCGGUCUGGCACAAUGAGGCGGAUUGCCAUUGGAAACAACAUAUCCAUCAAGAUGGAAUUAGAUCCUAGACACCCAAAGAUGCUGCCAGAGUGCUGUCUUCUGGGUGCAGAUUAUGCGGUGACACCGCUGAGGAAAAAGCUGAAUUCUAAUAUGCACCUGUGGAACCCGGACUCCAGCAUCUUGCACAACCUCCAGGCUGUUUUGGAGAUUGAUUUCCCAUCACCUGCCACCCACGAAAAAUCUACUUUCAGCGUUGAGUGUGGCAUCUGUUACUCCCAUUAUCUUGACACUGCCAUCCCUGAGCACGUGUGUAAUAACUCUUGCUGUGGUCAGCCCUUCCACCAAGCCUGUCUAUAUGAGGUAUGGAUUAUGAACACACACAAACACAUGUUUUCUUCAUAA